AGGAGCUGUAAAAGACGUGUAGAUGUUGCAUUUGAUGUGAUAAUAAUUACUUGACAUGCCUGCAUAUCUGCAUGUAGUCCAGGCCAGGUUAGGAUUCCAGUUUGAUCACAGAGUGAUUUUAAGGGAAGAAGAUAUCUGUGAUGAGGUGUGACUGAGGCUUUUCUGAGUUUAGUCCUGAUUGAAGUAAGAAUGGCCACUACCAAGAAAGCGUCAUCUAAGACCGGGGGUGUUUGCUUUGCCCAGGAACCCGUUGUUGCCGCUGCUCACUCUCAUGUGCAUUUUGAUGAGAAACUUCAUGACUCUGUCGUCAUGGUAAUACCAGAGUCAAAUGAGAAUUUCCUGGUUAAGGUGGGCUUCCUGAAAACUCAACACCGGUAUGAGAUUGUGUUCACGUUGCCUGAGGUGCCAGGGCUUGGGAAAGAUGUAUGUCCAGCCCCCAUUCCAAAUCCACACCUCUGCAUCACUAAUUUAACGGAAACUCCGGAUGGAGGUCUAAGGGUGACAUGUGAAUAUAUGGUCCAUCAGGAGGGUGUGAUGAGUGAGGAGGUUCAGAUUGUUAGUGAGAGCAAAGACGAUGUGUAUGUGAAGGUCAAAGUUCAUGCCCGUGUCAUGGACCGCCACCAUGGGACUCCCAUGCUCCUGGAUGGCGUACGAUGUAUAGGAGAAGAGCUGGAGUACGACUCUGAGCAAAGCGACUGGCAAGGAUUUGACUAAACGUGUAAACUUCAGACUUUCUAAUCAGUGCCACAUAUCUGCACUGUGGGUGGGAACAAAAUAUUCCAGAUUAUGAACACAGUCAAGGGUGCUUUUGUCUGUCAAAACACACUGUGGUUACUUGCUUGUUCUUACUGUUACAAUGGAAUGAUUGUUUAUUGUAGCUUUUUUUCUUCAGGUUCGGAAGAAAAUAAUCAAGCAGUGUGUUAUCCUCUAACUAACUGAAUUCCAGUGUUAUGACUGAGUGUUUAUUUGAGAUUAAAUGCAGUCUUUUGUCUUGUAAUUAAUACUUUGUGUGUGUGUGUGUGUGUGUGUGUGUGUGUGUGUGUGUGUGUGUGUGUGUGAGCGUGUAUUUAUCACUUUGUGGGGAACAAAUGUCCCCAUAAGGAUAGUAAAACCCGAAAUUUUUGACCUUGUGGGGACAUUUUGUCGGUCCCCAUGAGGAAAACAGCUUAUAAAUCAUACUAAAUUAUGUUUUUUGAAAAUGUAAAAAUGCAGAAAGUUUUCUGUGAGGUUUAGGUUUAGGGGUAGGGUUAGGUUUAGGGGAUAGAAUAUAAAGUUUGUACAUUAUAAAAACCAUUAUGUCUAUGGAAAGUCCCCAUAAAACAUGGAAACACAACAUGUGUGUGUGUGUGUGUGUGUGUGUGUGUGUGUGUGUGUCAUCAGUGGCAUAUAAACAAACUUGCAUUUUAUGAUUUUUUUUUUUUUUUAAUCAAAAGUUUACUUGAGUUGAAAUGCUUUUUAACAUCAUUUGUGCGGUAAAAUGACUUGUGAGUUGUUGCAUUGAACAUCCACUAGUGGUCAGUGUACUCCAUCCAAUAAACAUGCCGUUUUGUUUCAGUGUAAUAAAAUGGGUUGAAUUGAAAACUAGAAUAUAUACAACAAAUAAAUCAUAUCUGGUAUGUAUUCCACUCACGCACAAAUACCACAAUUACUUUUUUAAAGUUGUUUUUAUCUUGAUCAGUCAAGUUACAAGUAUACAAAUACUUUAUGCUCAUCAAAAGUUUAUUAUUCAAAAGUGACAUAUUUAUUGACACAUUUUCCACGUGGUGUAUGAAGUGCUGACUGGUAAGAUCUCAUGGUGGUCACUUUAACAUAUUUGUAUUCAAUAACCUGUAGUGAGUUUUGAAGUGAAAUCUUUCAUAUGCUUUUUCAACACAAAUGUAGUAGCACAUCACAUGCAUUUAAAGUCCAUUGCCUUUCAGUUUUAUCAUAACUAAUAACCAUGAAAAUAAAACAACAUUUUGUCUUCUGUUCUAAUUUUAAUGAUCUAUAUUUAAUACCCCAAUCAGCAUGUCAAGGUUUGAGUUUUAUAUGUCAUUCAUUCAGAUGCCUUCCCUUAAGGCCAGAAUAUUGUCUCUAGUGUCUCUAUUGCAUUGAGGCGCUUUGAGGUCUGAUACAAUAUCAGCUUCAAGGAGGGCCCGUCGAUAGUGAUCCAGCAGAACCGAACCGCCUUCCACCCCAGUGUGCUCAGGGCCAGAAGGCCAAAAUAAACACUCAUAUGAACUUAGUUUUAUAAACAAAGUCAACCAAAAGAUAAAAAGUGUCCAAACCUUUGGAACAUUAUUAAAUGCAUAUCAUUUUUCAUCAAUAAAUGGCAAAUGUAGCGAUCGCUGCAACAUUGACAGUUUGACGGAGAAAAAAAAAAAAAAGAGUAGAAAAUAAGUUUUAGGUCGUUAUCUUGAAAACUAAACGUAAACGUAUGUUUGUUAAAAUAAGAUGCUUCUAUCACAAACCAAACGUCUCUAUUAUUUUGGGUGUAUUACGU